AAUAAGGAAGAUAAGGAUUGUUACUGGUAGUAAUAAAAGAGUCAAAUAUAUUUCAAGUUAGUAACUAACUAAAAAUAAAACUGUAUUUUGUGGUCUUAAGUAUUACAAAAGUAAUUUGCAUUUCUAACAAGUUCCCAGGUGAUACUGAGGCUGCUGGUUCAAGGGCCGCUCUAUUGAGUAACGAAGUGGUGGACAUCUGUCAUUGCCUGUGUGUAGUGUAGCAUCUCAUAAGUAGGGGGCUCUCAAAAGAUGGUUGUGGAAUGAAUUAAUAAAUGCAAAGAGGAGGUCCUGACAUCAAAGAUCUUUUGACUAUCAUAUACCAGUGCACAGUCUUCUAUUAAUUUUUACUUAUUUGUCCACUUAUUUAUUUUUUGCAGAUGACUCUGUUUCAUGGGUCAGUGCAGAAAACUUAUGGAUUUUGGGCAGAUAUAUGGUUCACCUAUCCUAUGAAGAAAUUAUGAAUAUUAGUCCUAUAGAAAUUGGGCUGUUUAUCAGUUAUGACAACGCCACCAAGCAGCUGGACACGGUUUAUGACAUCACACCUGAACUGGCCCAGGCAUUUCUGGAGAGAAUCAGCUCCUCCAGCUUUGAUGCUGGGGCUGCUGGUUUGUUUCUACGAUGACCUGGAGCUGCUGGACGCCGCUGUGGCCCAAGUCCUCCUUCACCAGAUGAUCAAGUGCAGCCACCUGAGGGGCUUCCAGGCUGGUGUUCAGAAGCUCAAAGCCGACCUCCUGGAAAUUGCCACAGAGAACCAGACCCUCAAUGAGACCCUGGGCUCUUUGUCGGAUGCAGUCGUGGGCUUGACCCACAGUCAGCUGGACUCCCUGUGCCCUGAGGCUGUGCACGGUGCCAUCUCGACCCUCAACCAGGUCUCGGGCUGGGCCAAGAGCCAGGUCAUCAUCUUGUCUGCCAAAUACCUGGCCCAUGAGAAGGUGCUGUCCUUCUACAACGUCAGCCAGAUGGGCGUGCUACUGGCUGGGGUGGGCACCCAGGCCUUCCACGCCAUGGACCGCAGGGACCUCAUGCAGCUCCUGAGAAGCGCCAUCUCCCUGCACGUGUCCGACUUGUCACCUGCCCAGCAGCACGGUGUCUUGAGCAAGGUGAUGGAAGCAGGAGAUACCGCCUCGGGCAUUGUGGAAAUACAAGGGCCUUUCUUUAAGGAAGUGUCUCUCUUUGAUUUACGGAGGGAACCUGGAUUCAACUCCACAGUCCUGAAAGAGAAGGAGCUCCGGCGGAGUCAGGCCUUGUUCCUGUUUGAGCUUCUGUCAAAGACAACCAGGAGGCCCGAGGAGCUCUUGAGCGCAGGGCAGCUGGUCAAAGGUGUGAUGUGCUCCCACAUUGAGGCCAUGAGCGUGGACUCCUUUCUGGCUCAUUUCCAGCAUUUUGAGAACAACUUCUCUCUGCUUUCACCGUAUCAGAUUAAUUGUUUGGCGUGGAAAUACUGGGAAGUUUCCAGGUCCUCUAUGCCACCCUUCCUCUUGGCUACACUCCCGGCUCGCUACCUGGCUUCUGUCCCAGCCUCCCAGUGUGUGCCCUUUCUGAUCAGCCUGGGGAAGAGUCAGUUGGACUCCUUGGUUUUAGAUUCCCACAAAAAGAAUUCAGUGCUCAAGAAAGUACAGCAGUGCCUGAAUGACUCUGUUGCUGAUGAGUACACCGUGGACAUCCUGGGAAACUUGCUCUGUCACUUGCCAGCGGCCGUCAUCCACCGUGGGGUGUCCCCCAGGGCCUGGGCCACUGCCCUGCACAUCCUCAGAGACUGCCUGGACCUCAGCCCCCAGCAGAAGGUGGCAGUGAGGCUCAGGCUCUUGGAACAGCACGGACUCCCCCAGAACUGGACAGCUGAGACUACAAAGGAUUUGGGACCCUUUCUAGUACUUUUCUCAGGAGAUGAAUUAAGUUCUGUUGCCACAAAGUUUCCUGACAUCCUUCAACAGACAGCUUCCAAGAUGGCUGGGACUUUGCCCCCGAAAGAAUUCCUCCAGGCUGUCUUUGAAUCUGUUCGGAACAGCAGUGAGGAGAGCCCCAGCUCUGACCGCAGCCCUGGUUGCCAUGGAGUCUCAGCUCCUUCCUCCAAUGACAUCAUCAAGCUGGCCGAAGCCAACGCCUGCUGGGCCCCCGAGGGCCUGCUCUGCCUGGGGGAGGAUGUGUUCCUCAGGAGCGUGGAGCUGCUGGGGGCCGUCAGGAGCUUCAGCCCAGCUCAGCUGAGGACCCUGAAGGAGAAGGCAGUACAGGUUUGGGACGCGCCUUCGUACUGGAGAGAGUACCAUCUCGCCUCCCUGGGGCGCAUUGUUCUGGCUCUUACUGAAGGCGAGCUGCAGCAGCUGGAUCUCAGCUCCAUCGACACUGUGGCUUCCCUCAGCCAGCAGACAGAGUGGACCCCGGGGCAGGCUAAAUCCAUUCUGCAAGGGUUCCUGGAGGAUUCAGGCUAUAGUGUCCAGGAUCUGAAGAGCUUCCACUUAGUAGGACUUGGUGCAACCCUGUGUGCCAUGAACAUCACCGAAAUCUCACUUAUAAAGAUCUCAGAAUUCAGGGUGGUGGUGGCCAGAAUUGGGACCCUGCUCUGCAGCACCCACGUCUUGACAGAGUUUAAGAGGAAGGCAGAAGUUGUGUUUGGGGGGCCCACCGAGUGGUCCAGCUCUGUCCUGCAGGAGCUUGGGACCAUUGCAGCUGGAUUAAGUAAGGAAGAGCUCCGAAUGCUUGACAAGGAUUUGAUGCCCUAUUUCCAGCCGUCAGCAAUCAAAUGCCUUCCUGAUGAGAUAUUCAAAGAGCUGUCCGCGGAGCAGAUCGCCUUCCUGGGCCCGGAAAACGCCGCGGCCGUGACCCCAGCCCAGCGCCGGCAGCUCAGCAUGUUGCAGCUGCAGAGCCUCCAGCGGGCGCUAGAUGGCGCCAAGACACGCUCCUGGCUGGACGCGCCUCCGAGCGCCAGCCCCACCCGGACCCCCUCCUCUCUUUCUCCUCCAGUGAGCACCGCCUUUGGACUAAGCUGGUGCUGGGCUCUGGGGAGGCAACUGUGAACCAGCCAGGCGGUGUCCUCUGUCCUCUCGGAACACCCAGUCCAGCAUGGGGGUGAGGGAAACUGCUGCACCCCGGCGACCAUGAGGCAGUACGAGGGGUGCUGUGAGGGGGAACACAGGCCCCCAGGGAAUGCUCGGGAGAGGCAGCCACCUAGGCUUGGGAAGGCGGGGAGCGGCCAUGGAAACCUCCAGAAGACAGUGAUUCCUAAGCUGCAGACCAAGAGAAGAGAAGAUGGACCCAGCCAGGUGGAGAGUGUCCCAGGUAGAGGGAAGAGUGAGUGCAAAAACCCAGAGAGCGAAGCUUGGUGCUUUGCUGUCUCCAGGUCUGCCCCAGCCUCCCUCGGGGAAUAGCAAAUCGGGGGAUUCCCAGUUUCUGCAGUCACGAGUGGCCAGACAUGGCACCUGCAAGCUGGAGCCACGCCCUUUGACUUAUUAUUAAAGGCUUUUCAUUGAAAUAUAAUAUGCAUACAUUUAAAAGUUAUUUUAAAAUGUUACAGUGUUUUGUGUAUGUCAUAUAAUGCACACAGUAGGCAAUGCACCUGGUUUAAAAUAUGAAAGGUCUGAAAAGGUGUGCAGUGAG